AUGCCCGGCGUCGGCGACGAGGAGCAGCAGCAGACGAAGCAGGGAGGCCCCGCGCUCGAGGGCCUCGUGGUGGGGAGCUACUGCCACGACGUGCUCCUCCGGGGCGGCCGCGUCGUGGGCGAGACGCUCGGCGGGGCGGCGGCCUUCGUCUCCACCGUGCUCGACGCCGCGUCGCCCCCGGGGGCCUCCUUCUCCGUCGUGUCCAAGGUCGGGCCCGACUUCGCCUACGCCUCCGCGCCGGCGCCCGCGCGCCACCCCGCGCUGCUCUGCCCCGCGCCGACCACCUCCUUCCACGCCCGCUUCUCCGACGCCGCCGGCGCGUCGGCGCACGCGCCCGACCGCCAGCUCAGCCGCGUCCACGCCUGCGACCCGAUCUACCCCGACGACCUCCCGGACCGCCGCUUCGCGUACGGCCUCGCCGUCGGCGUCGCCGGGGAGGUGCUGCCGGAGACGCUCGACCGGAUGGUCCGGCUCUGCCGCGCGGUGCUCGUCGACGCGCAGGCGCUCAUCCGGGUCUUCGACGCCGAGGGCGUCCGUCACGUGGCGCUGGAGGGCACGCCGUAUGCGCCGCUCCUGCAGCGAGUUGCGUUCCUCAAGGCGUCGUCGGAGGAGGCGCCGUACAUAGGGGUGGAGGCUGCGAGGCGGCGUUGCUGCGUGAUCGUGACGGAGGGGAAGGAAGGGUGCCGGCUGUACUGGGACGGUGGGGAGGCACGCGUGGCGCCCUUCUCCGCCGUCCAGGUGGACCCCACCGGCGCCGGAGACAGCUACCUCGCUGGUUUCGCCGCCGGGCUGCUAUGGGGGCUGUCAGCUACGGAUGCCGCGCUGAUCGGCAACUUCUUCGGCGCAGCUGCUGUCUCCCAAAUUGGCGUUCCCACAUUCCAUCCCGAGAUGUUGCAGGCUGUCAAAAAAAUACUGGAGGACAAGGCGAUACAACGGUCUAGUCCAUGUAUAAACGGCGCUAUGUUUACCUUCCAGAGAUCAAUUAUGCAUGAUGAGCUACACGCAUCUCUGGAGGAAGCGGCGAGACUGAUGUGCGAGCAGAAGCAAACCGAUCCGGCAACUGAUAACUGUGACAAUGUUUGCUCGGCGCAAGAGCCGACUGAAUCGCAAGUGGAUGCUGAGUUGAAGUUUGCCUGCAAAAUUAUGGGAAACUGCCUUCCCAGAUUUCACAUUGAGAUCUGUACUGUAUAUGGCCAACAAAUGAAGCGUGUAUACAAUACAGAUGUGUCCUGAUGCUCGUUUAAUAGAUUUGCUCUGUUAGAGCUUUCAGUCA